CCGCGCACGGUACAUCCUCCCGCCUGCUCCGAGACCUUGGAUGGACAGAGAAAACUCAAACAAGAGGAAAGCUUGCUGAGUAUUCAGUACUACAUCUACAGGAUCUCAGAAAAUACAGCUUCUGAAAUGUCAUCGCCCGGCAGCAAUUGCCCACACUUGGAAUCAGUUGGUGAGAUAACAAAAGAGGAAUUGAUACAGAAAUCUCAUGGCACUUGUCAGGACUGCAAAGUCAGAGGACCCAACCUUUGGGCGUGCUUAGAGAACAGAUGUACCUAUGUUGGCUGUGGUGAAUCCCAUGUUGAUCACAGUACUACCCAUUCCCAGGAGACAAAACACUGUCUAACUGUCAACCUUACUACACUCCGUGUUUGGUGUUAUGCCUGUAGUAAGGAAGUAUUCCUGGAUAGAAAAUUAGGAUCUCAUUCUCCACUACCAAAUGCAAGACUGUCUCACCAAGCACAAGAAAACAGUGUGCAGGAUUUUAAAAUACCUAGUAACCCCACACUGAAGAUUCCACUAGCAGCUGUAUUUGAUGACUUAGGUAUAGAAGUGGAAGAAGAUGAGUUAAAGACUAGAGGUCUAACAGGAUUAAAAAAUAUUGGAAACACUUGUUACAUGAAUGCAGCUUUACAAGCUCUUUCCAACUGCCCACCUUUGACACACUUUUUUCUUGACUGUGGAGGCCUGGCCCGAACAGAUAAGAAACCAGCAAUUUGUAAAAGUUACCUCAAGCUCAUGACGGAACUCUGGCACAAAAGCAGGCCUGGUUCUGUUGUUCCUACUGGUUUAUUUCAAGGAAUUAAAACUGUUAAUCCAACAUUUCGAGGCUACUCUCAACAGGAUGCACAAGAAUUUUUGCGUUGUCUAAUGGAUUUGCUUCAUGAAGAACUUAAAGAACCAGUUGUAGAACUGGAAGAUGCCCAGCCUAUGAGUGUUGAAGAUAGUAUGGAAGAAGACAAAAGCCAGUCAGAUGUAGGCUUUCAGCCCUGUGAAUCCUGUGGUACCUGUGAUAAAACAGAGAAUGACGCUAUUUUCAAACCUGUCUUGGAGGAUCCUGCAGAGACAACCAUGUUAAUUCAGGAUGAUGAUAACAACUCAAUCACGUCCAAAGAUUGGCAGAAAGAAAAAAUAACAAGCAACAAGCUUAAACGAACAAAUUCUAUGGAAGACUUGGAAAAAGACACAAACACUGCUUCAGAGACUACUGAAUUUUUAAAUAAUCAAGGAACUGUCAAAGUAGAGAUACACAGCAGAUUCUCAGAGUACAUCAAUGAUGUCCACAUGAAUGAUGUAUCUGCAGCCCAUACCCCAUCAUCAAAUGAAGGAAUGAACACACGCUUAUCAAAUAGUCCUCCAAAAUCAUUCUCAUCGUGCUCUUCACUGGCACCAGUCCACAAAAAAGUUUCAACUGUAUCAUCACCAAAAAGGAAGAAGCGCAAGAAGUACAGGAGUGUUAUCUCUGAUAUAUUUGAUGGGACUAUAAUAAGCUCAGUCCAGUGCUUGACUUGUGAUCGGCUGUCUGUAACCCUGGAGACCUUUCAGGAUCUGUCCUUGCCUAUUCCAGGCAAGGAAGAUCUUGCUAAACUCCAUUCUGCAAGUCAUCAGACAUCUCUAGUCAAGGCAGGGUCAUGUGGAGAAGCAUAUGCCCCCCAGGGAUGGAUAGCUUUUUUCAUGGAAUAUUUCAAAAGGUUUGUUGUCUCAUGUGUUCCUAGCUGGUUUUGGGGUCCAGUUGUAACCUUACAAGAUUGUCUUGCUGCCUUUUUCGCCAGAGAUGAGCUCAAGGGUGAUAACAUGUACAGCUGUGGAAGGUGUAAAAAGUUAAGAAAUGGAGUGAAAUUCUGCAAAGUGCAAAAAUUUCCUGAGAUACUGUGCAUUCAUCUCAAAAGAUUUAGACAUGAACUUAUGUUUUCCACAAAAAUUGGGACCCAUGUGUCCUUUCCCUUGGAAGGCCUUGAUCUGCAGCCUUUCCUUGCGAAGGACAGUCCAGCUCAAAUAGUGACUUAUGAUCUCCUAUCUGUCAUCUGCCAUCAUGGAACUGCCAGCAGUGGACAUUAUAUAGCUUACUGUCGCAACAAUUUAAAUAAUUUGUGGUAUGAAUUUGAUGACCAGAGUGUCACAGAAGUAUCAGAAUCCACAGUGCAAAAUGCAGAAGCCUAUGUUCUCUUCUACAGAAAGAGCAGUGAAGAAGCACAGAGAGAGAGACGGAGGAUAUCAAGUCUACUGAAUAUGAUGGAACCAAGUCUUCUGCAGUUCUAUGUUUCCAGACAGUGGUUAAAUAAAUUCAAGACUUUUGCAGAGCCAGGACCAAUUUCAAAUAAUGACUUUCUCUGUAUGCAUGGAGGUGUUCCUCCACACAAAGCUAACUUCAUAGAGGAUCUAGUUGUAAUGCUACCUCAAAAUAUAUGGGAUAAUCUGUAUAGCAGGUAUGGAGGAGGACCAGCUGUUAACCAUCUGUAUGUUUGUCACACCUGCCAAAUAGAGUCUGAAAGAAUUGAAAAAAGAAGGAAAAAUGAAUUGGAAAUGUUUAUUCGGCUUAAUAGAGCAUUCCAAGAAGAAGAAUCUCCCUCAACGUUUUACUGCAUCAGCAUGCAAUGGUUCAGAGAAUGGGAAGGAUUUGUAAAGGGUAAAGACAGUGAUCCUCCUGGUCCUAUUGAUAAUGCUAAGAUUGCAGUAACAAAAUGUGGAAAUGCUGUGCUAAAACAAGGUGCAGAUUCUGGACAAAUAUCUGAAGAAACAUGGAAUUUUCUUCAGUCAAUCUAUGGUGGAGGUCCAGAGAUUAUACUCAGACCACCUGUUCCUCCAGCAGAACCUGAUAUCUUGCAAGCAGAGGAGAAGAUUGAAUUAGAAACUCAUGGUCUGUAGCUAUUGAGAAAAAGAUGAACUUGUAAGGAAUCCAGCUUCCUUACAAAAUGCCCAAAAUACAUUCCUAAAAGUUUUAUUCUCUUAUGUCUGUUGGAGGCACAGCUCACUGGGCAUUACAUUAACUACAGAAUAGUAAGUUGAAAUAUGUAUUACAAUUUGUUUAAAUAGAGGCAGUUUCUCUGUUUUUGGAAGGCAUGUGGUUUGUACAUUUUAGAGUGUUUGGUCAAUGGAAAAAAAAAUG